AUGGCUUUUUUUGAAAGCAAGGACACGAAAGUUCAGAAAGGAAAGAAGCUGGCUGUGGCCCUCCAGCAAGCUGGCAGCCGUCCCUCACCUAAGGGUGCACUUCAGAACCUUCCUCACAGGUCAUUUUACAAAUGCCUCUUUGCUACCUUAGCACUCCCGGGUAGGCAAUUGCCCCGGUGGAACGCGUCAUCAGAGCAGUGCGUGGCAGGCCCCCGUGGAGGAUCAACGCAGUGGCUGAACACCGGGAAGGAAUGGGCACUUGGAGUCCGGACAUUUGAAACUUGGGAUGCAGUAAGCCGUAAGGAAAACCAGAAAGAGAAUGAACGUCAGGCCCAGCGAAACGCCGAUCUGUUAGCUGCAGCAAUCAGAGGGGACCCCCCAAAGAGGCAAGGGAAGGGGGCCCCCGGGAAAGAAACUCAGCCUGGCUGUCAGAGCUUGCAGCGUAAUCAGUGUGCUUAUUGUAAAGAAACAGGACAUUGGAAGAACAAGUGCUCUCAGCUAAAAGGAAAACAAGGUGACUUGGAGCAGGAGGCACCAGACAAGGAGGAAGGGGCCCUGCUCAACCUGGCAGAAGGGUUAUUGGACGGAGGGGGACUGGGCUCAAGGGCCCCCAAAGAGCCUAUGGUCAGGAUGACAGUUGGGGGUAAAGACAUUGAUUUUCUUGUAGAUACCGGUGCUGAACAUUCGGUAGUAACCGCCCCGGUCACCCCCUUAUCCAAAAAGACUAUUGACAUAAUCGGAGCCACGGGAGUUUCAGCAAAACAAGCUUUCUGCUUGCCCCGGACUUGUACUGUAGGAGGACAUAAAGUGAUUCAUCAGUUUUUGUACAUGCCUGACCGUCCCUUGCGCUUGUUGGGAAGGGACUUGCUUAGCAAGCUGAGAGCCACUAUCUCUUUUACAGAGCAUGGCUCUUUGCUGCUAAAGUUACCCAGAACGGGAGUCAUUAUGACCCUUACGGUCCCCCGAGAGGAGGAAUGGAGACUUUUCUUAACUGAGUUGGGCCAAGAGAUAAGACCAGCUCUGGCUAAGUGGUGGCCAAGAGUGUGGCCGGAAGACAACCCUCCAGGGUUGGCAGUCAACCAAGGCCCCAUACUUAUAGAAGUUAAGCCUGGGGACCAGCCGGUUAGGCAAAAACAGUACCCGGUCCCCAGAGAAGCUCUUGAAGGUAUCCAGGUCCAUCUCAAGUGCCUAAGAACCUUUGGAAUUAAAGUUCCUUGUCAGUCUCCAUGGAACACUCCCCUCCUGCCUGUUCCCAAGCCUGGGACCAAGGACUACAGGCCGGUACAGGAUUUGCGCUUGGUUAAUCAAGCUACAGUGACUUUACAUCCAACAGUACCUAACCCGUACACGUUGUUGGGGUUGCUGCCAGCUGAGGACAGCUGGUUCACCUGCUUGGACCUGAAAGACGCUUUCUUUAGCAUCAGAUUAGCCCCUGAGAGCCAGAAGCUACUUGCCUUUCAGUGGGAAGAUCCGGAGUCAGGUGUCACUACUCGGUACACUUGGACCCGGGUUCCCUAAGGGUUCAAGAACUCCCCCACCAUCUUUGGGGAGGUGUUGGUUCCAGACCACCAGAAGUCUCCCACCAGAGACCUAGGCUGUGUGUUGCUCCAGUAUGUUGAUCUUUUGCUGGGACACCCCACGGCAGUCGGGUGCACCAAGAGAACAGACACUCUACUCCGGCACCUGGAGGACUGUGGGUAUAAGGUGUCCAAGAAAAAAGCUCAGAUCUGCCAACAGCACGUACGUUACUUGGGAUUUACUAUCCGACAGGGGGAGCGCAGCCUGGGAUCAGAAAGAAAGCGGGUCAUUUGCAAUCUACCGGAGCCUAAGAUCAGAAGGCAGGUGAGGGAAUUCUUAGGAGCUGUGGGGUUUUGCAGACUGUGGAUCCCAAACUUUGCAGUAUUAGCUAAGCCUUUGUGUGAGGUCACUAAGAGGUGGGGGGACCGGGACCUUUUGAAUGCGGAUCCCAACAACAGCAAGCCUUUCAUGAGUUAAACGAAAAACUUAUGUCAGCCCCAGCCCUGGGGCUAUCCGAUCUGACAAAGCCUUUUACAUUGUAUGCGUCAGAGAGAGAAAAGAUGGCAGUUGGAGUUUUAACCCAAACUGUGGGGCCCUGGCCGAGGCCGGUGGCCUACGUCUCUAAACAACUAGACGGGGUUGCUAAAGGAUGGCCCCCAUGUUUGAGGGCCUUGGCACCAACUGCCCUGCUAGUACAAGAAGCAGAUAAGCUGACUCUUGGGCAAAACCUGAACAUAAAGGCCCCCCAUGCUGUGGUGACUUUAAUGAAUACUAAAGGACAUCAUUAGCUAGCGAAUGCUAGACUCACCAAGUACCAAAGUUUGCUCUGUGAAAAUCCCCAUAAAACCAUUGAAGUUUGUAACACCCUGAACCCCACUACCUUGCUCCCGGUAUCAGAGAGCCCUGUCUAGCAUGAUUGUGUAGAAGUAUUGGACUCAGUUUACCCUAGCAGACCUGACCUCCGGGACCAGCCUUGGGCAUCAGUAGACUGGGAACUAUACGUGGAUGGGAGCAGCUUCAUCAACCCACAAGGAGAGAGAUUUGCAGGGUAUGCGGUGGUAACCCUGGACACUGUUGUUGAAGCCAGAUCAUUGCCCCAGGGCACUUCAGCCCAGAAAGCUGAACUCAUUGCUUUCAUUCAGGCCUUAGAACUCAGUGAAGGUAAGACUGUCAACAUUUACACUGACUCUCGGUAUGCCUUUUUAACCCUUCAAGUGUAUGGAGCAUUAUAUAAAGAAAAGCGCCUAUUGAACUCCGGGGGAAAGGACAUAAAAUAUCAACAAGAAAUCUUGCAAUUAUUAGAAGCAGUAUGGAAACCACACAAGGUGGCCGUUAUGCAUUGCAGAGGACACCAGCGAGCUUCCACCUUGGUGGGUUUGCGGAAUUCCCACGCUGACUUACAGGCUCGAAAAGCAGCAUCUGCUCCCUUCCGGGCAUCAGUCACAGCACCUCUGCUCCCUCAAGCGCCUGAUGUUUUACCUACUUAUUCUAAAGAAGAAAAGGACUUUCUCCAGGCAGAGGGAGGACAAGUGAUGGAGGAAGGAUGGAUUCCGUUACCAGAUGGGAGAGUAGCUGUGCCGCAGCUGCUAGGAGCCGCAGUCGUACUGGCUGUGCAUGAAACCACCCAUCUAGGUCAGGAAUCACUUGAAAAGUUGUUAGGCCGGUAUUUCUACAUCUUGCAUUUGCAGCCCUUGCCAAAACGGUGACGCAGUGGUGUGUUACCUGCCCAAAGCAUAAUGCGAAGCAAGGUCCAGCUGUUUCGCCCGUCAUACAAGCUUAUGGAGCAGCCCCCUUUGAAGAUGUCCAGGUGGACUUCACAGAGAUGCCAAAGUGUGGAGGUAAUCGAGUGUGAAUCAAGGACUGGAACGUAACUUCUUUGUGCCCACGGUGGAAAGACCCCAGACUGUCGUCCUGACCACUCCCACCGCUGUGAAGGUAGAGGGAAUCCCGGCCUGGAUCCACCAGAGCCGUGUAAAACCUGCAGCGCCUGAAACCUGGGAGGCAAGACCAAGCCCAGACGACCCUUGCAGAGUGACCCUGAAGAAGACGACAAGCCCUGCUCCAGUCACACCCGGAAGCUGACUGGUCCACGCACGGCCGAAGCAUGAGGAAGCACAUCGUGGGAUUCAUUUUUCUUAAAUUCUGGACUUACACAGUAAGGGCUUCAACUGACCUUACUCAAACUGGGGACUGUUCCCAGUGUAUUCAUCAGGUCACUGAGGUAGGAUAGCAAAUUAAAACAAUCUUUCUGUUCUAUAGUUAUUAUGAAUAUAUGGGAAUGUUAAAAGAAACUUGUUUGUAUAAUGCCACUCAGUACAAGGUAUGUAGCCCGGGAAAUGACCGACCUGAUGUGUGUUAUAACCCAUCUGAGCCCCCUGCAACCACCAUUUUUGAAAUAAGAUUAAGAACUAGCCUUUUCCUAGGUGACACAAGUAAAAUAAUAACUAGAACAGAAGAAAAAGGAAUCCCCAAACAAAUAAUUUUAAGAUUUGAUGCUUGUGCAGCCAUUAAUAGUAACAAGCUAGGAACAGGAUGUGGUUCUCUUAACUGGGAAAGGGGCUACAGAGUAGAAAAUAAAUAUGUUUGUCAUGAGUCAGGGGUUUGUGAAAAUUGUGCCUUUUGGCCAUGUGUUAUUUGGGCUACUUGGAAAAAGAACAAAAAAGACCCAGUUCAUCUUCAGAAGGGGGAAGCCAACCCUUCCUGUGCUGCCGGUCACUGUAACCCACUAGAACUAAUAACUACCAAUCCCCUAGAUCCCCAUUAGAAAAAGGGAGAACGUGUAACCCUGGGGAUCGAUGGGACGGGGUUAAACCCCCAAGUUGCCAUUUUAAUUAGAGGGGAGGUCCACAAGCGCUCUCCCAAGCCAGUAUUUCAAACCUUUUAUGAGGAGCUGAAUCUGCCAGCACCAGAACUUCCGAAAAAGACAAAAAAUUUGUUUCUCCAGUUAGCAGAAAAUGUAGCUCAUUCCCUUAAUGUUACUUCUUGUUAUGUAUGCGGGGGAACCACUAUCAGAGACCGAUGGCCUUGGGAAGCCCGAGAGUUGGUGCCUACUGAUCCAGCUCCUGAUGUAAUUCCAGUUCAGAAGGCCCAAGCUAGCAACUUCUGGGUCCUAAAAACCUCAAUUAUUGGACAAUACUGUAUAGCUAGAGAAGGGAAAGUCUUUAUCAUCCCUGUAAGAAAGCUUAACUGUAUAGGACAGAAGUUGUACAACAGCACAACAAAGACAAUUACUUGGUGGGGCCUAAACCACACUGAAAAGAACCCAUUUAGUAAAUUUUCUAAAUUAAAAACUGCCUGGGCUCAUCCAGAAUCUCAUCAGGACUGGGCAGCUCCCGCUGGACUAUACUGGAUAUGUGGGCACGGAGCCUACAUUCGGUUACCUAAUAAAUGGGCAGGCAGUUGUGUUAUUGGCACUAUUAAGCCGUCCUUUUUCUUAUUACCCAUAAAAACGGGUGAGCUCCUAGGUUUCCCUGUCUAUGCCUCCCAAGAGAGGCAUAGUUAUAGGAAACUGGAAAGAUAAUGAGUGGCCCCCUGAAAGGAUCAUACAGUAUUAUGGGCCUGCCACAUGGGCACAAGACAGCUCAUGGGGAUACUGAACCCCCAUCUACAUGCUCAAUCAGAUCAUAUGGUUGCAGGCCAUCUUAGAAAUAAUUACUAAUGAAACUUUGACUGUUUUAGCUUGGCAGGAAACCCAAAUGAGGAAUGCUAUCUAUCAGAAUAGGCUGGCCUUGGACUACUUGCUAGCAGCUGAAGGAGGAGUUUGUGAAAAAUUUAACUUAACCAGUUGCUGCCUACAAAUAGAUCAUCAAGGACAGGUGGUUGAAAACAUAGUCAGGGACAUGACAAGGUGGCACAUGUGUCUGUACAGGUUUGGCACGAGUUUGAUCCUGAGUCUUUCUUUGGAAAAUGGUUUCCAGCUACAGGAGGAUUAAAAACCCUCAUUGUAGGCGUAGUGCUAGUAAUAGGAACUUGCUUGCUGCUCCCCUGUGUAUUACCCUUGCUUUUUCAAAUGAUAAAAUGUUUUGUUGCUACUUUGGUUCAUCAAAAAACUUCAGCACACGUGUAUUAUAUGAAUCACUAUCGCUCUAUCUCGCAAAGAGACUCAGAAAGUGAGGAUGAGAGUGAGAACUCCCACUAAAAAGUGAAAAUUCUCAAAGGGGGGGAAUAUGGUACGAGACCACCACUUCUCCUGUUGUCCUUCCCAGUUUCUCCCCAACCUCCCCUUUUCCCUAGUUUAUAAGACAGGAGAAAACGGAGAAAGCAAAAAGUUGGAAAGAAACAGAAGAAAGAUAAAUAGCUAGACGACCUUGGUGCCACCACCUGGCCCUGGUGGUUAAAAUAAUAAUAAUAUCAACCCCUGACCAAAACUACUGGUGUUAUCUGUAAAUUCCAGACAUUGUGUGAGAAAGCACUGUAAAACUUUUUGUACUGUUAGCUGAUGUAUGUAGCCCCCAGUCACAUUCCUCACGCUUACUUGAUCUAUGAUGACUCUUUCACGUAGACCCCUUAGAGCUGUAAGCCCUUCAAAGGGCUAGGAAUUUCUUUUUGGGGGAGCUCGGCUCUUAAGAUGCGACUCUGCCGAUGCUCCCGGCCGAAUAAAAACCUCUUCCUUCUUU